AUGCCCAGGCCUCCUCCUCCUUCAGGAUCUCGCCCAUCUCCCGCUGCUAGGAAUCUUGCCCAUCAGACGCAAUGGCCUCUUCCUGAUUCGGGUCUUCCACCACGGCCGCUACAGCCUCAGCCUCUGAAUCCUCAGUAUUCUAGAUAUCUGGUUCCCCGUGGCCCUCCCCCGUUCCGGCCACCACGUCCCAGCGAGGUUCCCUCGCAAAUUCCUUCUCCUUCAAUUUACUCUGUACGCAGUGGCGUAGAGUCCGAGGUGGGUUCGGUCUAUCCCAUCCUACCAGCUCGCUCUUUCUCGCACCCCAAACCACUCUACGUGCAACACCAGCAGCGACCACGGUCAUCUACGCAUGACGGCCCUGCGAGUCCAACCAGUACCGUCGACUUGACCCCUCGCAUCUCCAUCGCCACGGACGAGCUAUUCCACCGUCAAUCGACAGCUUCCGGCUCAUCUGAUGCCCCGGAUAUGCCGCCAAUUCCACUUCCUGAACCGCCUUACCCGCAAGAGAACUCUCGACACCGUGGUACAGGUCUUGCACCCCCACCAAAUAAUCGCAAAUCUGCGGUGUCUCCGAUCCCAGAGGAACUCUCCAACCCCCGCCAGACGUUAGGUUCGCUGGCGUCUAGCCGCGCGAUUCCAUCCAGCUGGGGUUCUGGUCCACCCGAGUCCGAGAUUUUCGGCGCAUACCUGGAUAAUGAGUCGGACGAUGAGAACAAUAAGCAUGGCCAUCAAGAAGAGAACGUCACUCUCGUCCGAAAUGCUAGUCUCGGCAAGCGUGGCAAGCCCACCAUGCGCACAAUCAUGAAGUCAAAUCCCAACUCUGAGGUCAACCCCGUCCCCGACGUGCCAUCCUCGAAACCGCAGGAGUAUAACUGGCAGCAUACAGCCGCUGAGACCGCUGGUGGGCUUACCAUCGGCACUGCGGUCAGUCAAGUUUUGCAUGCUCCAAGCACAGGCCUCCGGACAUCUGUUGCGACGGGAUCGGAUGAGUCCUGCGUGGACCCUGAGAAACCACGGUUCGCGCAGCAGCAGGAUCGCCCGGCAUACGAUUCAGCUUUGGAGAAGGAGAUCGAGGUCCUGCCAAGGGCUGCACCUACCAUGAGUGACAAGCGACCCGGUGGCAAGAAGCCUCCGCGUUUGAACAUGAACGCUGUCCGCGAUGCCGAGGCACGCGGCAGUUUGUCCAGCCUGUCUGAUCUGAUUCGACGCGCUACCAAGCUAGCCUCCAAUCUCGACCGGGGCAAGACCGCCAGUCGAUGUGAUAUGUUGGGCGCAGAUGCCGACUUUAAAGCUGCAUUGGGUGAACCAGGCCGCCGGCGUGGGUCUGGUUCUAUAUCCGAUAUCCUUACCUCCUUCCCCCGCCCAGGCUUCCAAACGCCAGAAGGCCGCAGCUCGUGGCCGGUCUUCUUCAGUCGAUCAGGUCUGCGCAACGUGGAGCCUCUCCACUCUCACGACGAGGACCCGAAUGCCACACGACCCGCCCGGAAAUGCUGCGGCAUGCCUCGCAAAUGGUUCAUCCUGCUAUCCGUCCUACUCUUCAUCAUCGUGGUGCUAGCCAUCCUACUCCCAGUUUUCCUCGUCGCGGUUCCCAAGCAGAACCACAACAGUUCCAACUCCUGCGCGAGCACGAAUCCCUGCCAAAACGGCGGCGUGAGCGUGUCCGGUGGCUCGGAGUGCUCAUGCGUGUGCUCAAACGGGUACACGGGCUCUCAGUGCACGGUAUCCGGAGACAGCAGCUGCGUCACGUCGGUGGUGAACAAUGGCAUGAUCAGCAAGAACGCUACGAUGGGCAGUGCCCUGCCGGAUGUGUUCAGUGCGUCGUCGAGUAAAUUCAACAUCGCCCUGGACUCGGUGACCCUCAUGGCGCUUUUCAGCAUGAACAACGUCUCCUGCAAGACGGAGAAUGCCCUCGUCUCGUUCGAUGUCCAGACUAGCAGCAGCAAAUCCCGCCGCGCUGUUUCUCUCCCCGUAGAUCUCCCCGAGUCUCCAGACGACCAGGGUACUGCCCUGUCGUCUGAGCUCGACUCGACCGAGCCCACUCCAGUCCUAGCCCCGCGGUCGGUGGCUACCUCGAACGGAAUCAUCUACGACAACAGCAACACCGCCACCCACAGUGCGACUAGCACUGUGCCCACGGCGACGGCGACGUCCAUACCAGCCAAGACGGAUGCCAGCACCAGCUCUAGCAACAGUACCGGCAAGAGCGUGCCAAGCGAGGUCAUCGAGUUCUCUCAGGUAGCAGUGCUGUACAUCCUGCAGAAGACGGGCUCUCUUACAUCCGCGAUUUGGUCCGAAGGGCAGAUCGACACGUAUCUAGCUGACUCGUACGCGAACGCGACCCAUCCCUCGCUCGAGUUGAUGGGAUCGUAUAACCUGGACUUUGCGAAGAAGACUAUCACGCUGCGCAAUGGGACGGUGGUUAGCUGA